GCACACUCCAGCAGAAAGAGCAAGCUAGUAGCAGCCUAGCACACUGGCAAUGGCAAUGGCUAAGAUUCUCCUCCUCCUCGCCAUAGCUCUCGUGAGCUCCUGCAGCGCAUGGGAGCUCAACAUCCAGAUGCCGACCAAGAGGCUCCAGGCCAUGGACGAGGCCGUGGCGCCGCUCAUCCACGCGCUGCGGCCGCUGCUGGGCUCCGGCGGGGAGCUGGGGAGCCGCGGCGGCGUGGCGUGCGACAGCUGGGUGCUCGGCGUGGAAGCCCACAACGUGCGGGACUGGAAGACGGUCCCGGCCAACUGCGAGGGCUACGUCGGGCAUUACAUGCUCGGCAGCCACUUCCGCCGCGACUCCAAGGUCGUCAUCGACGAGGCCCUCGCCUACGUCGAGACCCUCAAGCUCGCCGGCAAUGGCAAGGAGAUAUGGGUGUUUGACAUCGACGAGACCACUCUCUCCAACCUCCCCUACUACGCCAAGCACGGCUUCGGGACUACGCUGUUCAACGCGACGAGCUUCAACGCGUACGUGCUGGAGGGGAGCGCGCCGGUGCUGCCGGAGACGAAGCGGCUGUACAACAAGCUUCUUUCCAUCGGCGUGAAGCCGUUGUUCCUCACGGGCCGGACCGAGGACCAGAGGGCCAUCACCGUCGCCAACCUCCGCAGCCAGGGCAUCUCCGGGUGGAAGGACCUGCUGCUCAAGCAGCCCGGGUUCAAGGGCUCCGCCGUGGCGUACAAGUCCGGCGAGAGGCAGAAGCUGCAGGACGCAGGGUACGUCAUCGUCGGCAACAUCGGCGAUCAGUGGAGCGACAUCAUCGGCGCGCCCGAGGGCGCCCGCACCUUCAAGCUGCCCGACCCUAUGUACUACAUCGGCUAGACCAGCUCCGGCUACAGCCAAUCGCCAUUGGUUGCGUGUGAUGAAUAAGCUAGCUCAAUGCCUUGCUAAUAGCAUGCUAUAGCGCGGUAUUUUAUAACGCCCUAUUUUGUUAUAGCCUAUUAUAAAAUUGACGCUAUUUUGUUAUAGGGUUCUUUUUUUUCUUGAUGUGCAUGCUUUAUUUUAACAAUAAUCACAUGUAUUUUGCUUUGUUAA